AUGGCACAAUGUUCACUGGCCAAUGGCCAAGCUGAAUCUUCUAAUAAAACUAUCAUCAAUAUAGUUCAAAAGAUGUUGGAAGAAAAUCCAAGGGAUUGGCAUCGAAUUUUAUCAGAAGCACUAGAGGCAUAUCGCACCUCUAGGCGAAAUGCUACUGGAGUAAGUCCAUUUAUGCUAACCUAUGGUCAUGAUGCAAUGUUACCCAUAGAGGUGGUGGUGAGGUCGUUGAGAGUAGCUAAGCAGAAUCAUUUGACUCCAGAAGAUUACAAUGAAACCAUGAUGAUGGAGUUAGAAAAUUUAGAAGAAGGGAGACUUCAGGCUUUAAACAAUAUGAUUAUACAGAAAAAGAAAGUCUCCAGAAGCUACAACAAGAAAGUUAGACCUAAGACAUUUCAAGAGGAUGAGCUAGUAUGGAAGUUGAUCUUACCCCCUGGUACUAAAGACAGAGAAUAUGGGAAAUGGUCUACUAAUUGGGAAGGGCCAUUCUUAGUCCACAAGGUGAUGAAGGGGAAUGCAUACUAG